GCACAACAAUAUCAAGAGGAAUUAAAUCAACUGCAGCCAGUGAUAAAUCAACAAAAGGAUGAACUUCUUGUAUCACUACAAGACCAGUCUGAACUGUCUGGUAUCGACAGCAACAAACUGACCGCGACGUUCACAUGGACUGGUAUCAUGCUUGUUGGCAUGAGUGCCGCGUUUAUCAUCACGAAGUACUUACUCGCAGCAUUGCUCUCCUUGUUCAUCAGUGGUUUUUAUGCGACUGUUGCUGCGUACGUUGUGGUACCAGUUCUCGCUUACUACUACUUUGCUGCACCUGUCGAGGGUGACGCAAAAGAGUUGGACACCUAUCGUCGUCACAGUCUUUUGGGUGUUGCCAUUGCUGAGGUUCGUCCCUUUCACAGUUCGUUGAUCAGUUUCGAAUUCCUCCAUUCCUAA